CAUCCCGGAAUAGGAAAUGACGUCACAUCAAGUGAAAACUAUCGUCUGGAAGCUAAAUCUUGUGACACUGCAAGUUCAUUUCGCUUGUAAACAAAUAUGAUUCAUACACAUUGAGAAAUAAAGAAUGAAUGAGAAUAGUCUAUUUUCUUAACUCUACAUUAGUGUUCAGACGUACUUGUAGUGUAGCCAAAGGAGAGAAUUUUAUUUGACAAGUGACGUCAUAUUGUCAUUGACUCUCACUGCUCGAUAUCUUUUUCAUUACUCGAACGCGGAAGAUGGCAAAGAAAACGUACGAUUUAUUGUUCAAACUGCUGCUGAUUGGAGACUCCGGUGUGGGGAAAACUUGUUUGUUGUUCAGAUUUUCAGAUGAUGCUUUCAACACUACGUUUAUUUCGACCAUAGGAAUUGAUUUCAAGAUCAAGACAGUGGAACUUGGUGGCAAAAAGAUUAAGCUCCAGAUAUGGGACACAGCGGGCCAGGAGCGUUUCCACACCAUCACCACCUCUUACUACAGAGGCUCCAUGGGCAUCAUGCUGGUCUAUGAUAUCACCAACGUGAAGACCUUUGAUAACAUUUCCAAGUGGCUGAGAAACAUUGAUGAGCAUGCUAAUGAGGAUGUGGAGAAGAUGAUCCUGGGCAACAAGUGUGACAUGGACGACAAGAGACAGGUGCCUACAGCACGCGGAGAAGCGAUCGGCCGUGAACACAACAUCCCGUUCCUGGAGACCAGCGCCAAGGCCAACAUCAAUGUGGAGAAAGCCUUCAUGAACCUGGCACAGGCCAUACUCAACAAAACCCCCGGCAGGAUAUCGGAGCCCAGUGGAGUGAACAUGAGCCAGCAGGACACCACCUCCAAGCGCUGUUGUUGAUGCUGCAGCAGCUAGAACUGGCACUGGAUGGCUGACUGUCCCCCCUCCCCUUCUCCCCCCCCUCCACUACAUUAUUUCACACAACCGUCAGCUCCCUCACAGGAUGUAAAUUACUGCCUGACUGCAAUUCACCCUCCCAGUCCAGACCCAGCUGCGACAGGCAUGUUUGAGGUUCCUCCACACAUCAUCUGGGAGUGUCUCUGUACUGGCAAUCUCUCCUGUGAGGAAAUCAACUUAAAUCAGUUUCUAUUCGUCAGUAUUUCCAAGAGCCCUGUUUUUCACCGUUUUUUAUCAGGGACGUCAUCAAGGGCAAAAUAUUUGGGCUGACAGUCUGCCUGGAAUAAAACUACUUUUCCGAUGUUUGGACAGAACUUUUUUGUGACUCUCGUAUCAGCUAGCAGUUUUUUAUAGUUAUAGAAUCAAGUGUGUAUUUUUUGGUAUGAGGUUGGCUGUUUAAUGUUUCAAAUUGAUUUUGGUUUGUCAAUUGUCAUGACACUUACUUCUUUUUAUAGGCUUCAUUGAUGGGAUUGGGGAGGGGAGGGGGAGGGGAGGAAGGCAAGAAAUGUUAUGAAGGUUGCAGAUGGUCAUUGAGCUGUUUGGGAUAAAACAGAGGUUCAGUGUACAUGGAGGUAAUCCAUGUGUCAGUUGUACAUCUGGGUGGGAGGAAGGGGAGGAGGGGAUGGUGCUGGUGGCGGUGUCGUGUUGUGAAUGCUGAACGUUUUGUUUUUGUCCGAUGCUGUCGCUAUCUCGUACGAUGGUGGCCCCAGGCUACUGCACUUUUCCACAUUCUUAGUAUCAUUAUUAGUUGUUUUUUUUUCUUUUUAUGUCUUUUUUUCUAUUACAUAUUUUUUUUGGCGCCUUGGGCUUUCAUGUUUGUUAAUGUUCAUCAAUCCAGUAUCCUCAAUCCAGUACAUGGAAAAUUUUUGGUCGUUUUUACUUUUUUUAUUGGUAUAUUUUUUUCUGUUUGAUCUUGAUGUGUUGUAUAGUGGCAGAGGAGUUGGUCAAUGGGUCAAAGUCUGCCCUGGGCACUGAUCAGUUGUCUGGCACUUGGUCCAGCAAAGGAGGGUUGGGGCUGCUGAUGGAAACGAGGGGGGGGGGGACACCAAUUGUCAAGGUGGUCAGAAAAAUUGUGGUCAGAACGUGUUCGAGCUGGAUCUGUUAGACUGGGGAGUUUGAGGAGUUUGAAAGCUGUUCUGGGACUGGUCAAAGACCUGGCAGAAGCUGAACUUGGUGAGAGGUACCUUGUGUGUUGUGAUGGUGGAGGGAGCACCGGGUUGGGGCAGAGCACGGUGAUAUCUCCAGCUUCAAUUUCUCUAUACUCUGUCCGUGGGACCACAUCCAUUCGUGCUUGGGGAGUGGGGGGGGGGGGGGAGAGUUCCAUUCCCAUAUAAAUGAAGGUUUUUUUUGUUAGUCCUGAGGGAAAAUUUGGAAAACGCAGAGUCAGCUUAUGGUGUGUGUUCAUUUGUCCAUGUGUGUGUGUGAGGUACAAGUCUCCGCCUGGCCGUGGAGCUGACCACCCUUCCACACUCUGUGACAGCCUUGUGCCGUCGCCGUCAAUAUGACAGAUCACAAGUAAAACCAGCAUCAGUCUUGUGUAGGCGUCUCCAGAAAGAUAUCUGAAUGAAUGAAAGCCUUUUUUCUUCAUCUUACGCGGCUACAGUUUUUUCCCCCUUGCUGCUGUCAGUAUUGGCUUGGUAUUAUGUAGGUCAUCAUAUGCUAAGGCAUCUUCUUUGUGAUCUAGCCCUUGCUGCCGUGUUAGCUGGAGAGACCGGCAGGUGAGACCUUGUAAGGAGUUUGGGGUUCUGUGUCCACUUGAAUGUCCAUAGCUCAUGAUUUGCUCUGUGUCAAUGGCACCGACUUUUUGUAAUGCAAAUUUUUUUUGUACCUUCACAUCCCCUUUGGAUUUCAUGAUCUUGUGGCACUGUCUGCAAUGUAAGUGUCUGUGGACCAUGUGUAAGUGUCAUUAUGAGUGUUUGUUGAAGGUGUGUGGGUGUUUGUAGGUUGGAGAGAGUGAGCGGAAGAAAUGUGUUGAUGGAGUUCAGAGCUGUGAUCUCCUGGUCAUGAUUGGUUUUCUGUCUGAUGCUUGAUAGUGAGAGUGAAAUUGUAAGCUAAUUCUUAUGUAUGUUUUGUUGCGUGUGUUGUGCAGCAGAUACAAAGUGUGUCAUUUUUGCACAGCAGAGCACAUUGCAAUGAAGAGUAUACUGACUGCAGUAGAUGUUGUGUGUGUGGAGUGUGUGUUGCAUGGCAACGCCCAACAUGUGGCUGGAGUCAUGUAUCAAAGGCUAAGUGGGAAUGUGUCAGACUGGGCAGGAAAGAAAAACAGGGAUCAUCACAGAGGUGUUUGGUGCAUGUCUUCUUAUGGUGAUGUCGUCGCAGUGGCUUAUGGUGUGUGGUUUUCCUGUGAUGUUCCUCAGCAAUGUGAUGUGCUAUCUUGAAAUGUCCAUACUUGUUCCGUCUUGUAUUAUUAUCAAUGUAUUGAUGAUAUGAUUGUGGACUCCCUAUGAAGAGAAUUCUGAUGAGAUUUUUAUGGGAAAGUUUGGCAGUGUUAUCCUGUGUUGUCAGGGUCAUCAUUUAGUGUUGAACAGGGAUGUGGCUUUGACAGCCUUGCUCUGAGGGAGAUAGUAAUGCUCCCUUUGUGGAGAAUGGAGCUUGGUAAUGUGAACAUGUGCUUCUUUGUCCCAGGAUUGAGUGGCUCAGCCCCCACUUCACACAGACAAACUCUGUUGACCCACUCCUUAUUUAGGGUUUGUUUUCUUCAGGGAGUGAAAAUCUCUGCUGAUGUCGGCUCGGGGUUGAAAGGUAUGAGUGUGUCAUGUCCAAAAUAGGUGUAUUAUCAAUACAUCGUUGUCAUGAAAACUCUUCAGUUGAGUGUACCACUUGCCACAAAGAUUUGUCCAUAUCUUUUUUUUAUUUCUCAGAUUUUGACUUUUGUUUUCUGCCUGUGAGUCGGAUGCAAGUGUCUGUAUCUUAUGUGCGGUAGGCCUAGAUUUCUUUUUUAAUAGGCCAGGGAAUUUUUUUGUUUCUUUUUUUAUGUGCAGUUCAUGAUGUGAUUGUGGCAACUUCCACUGCAUAAGAGGUAAUUGGGUCUGAGUGCCUCGUCUUCUCAACGACACUUUCUCCUUUGAGUCAUGUCAGAUGGUCAGUACUGUCAUGAGAUGCACUUUGGGUAUAGAGACUUAUAUGUUACUGUGGACCAUUUUGAGCAAGUGAUGGAGUGAGAGGUAAGCUGUGUGUGUGUGGCCUGGUGGUGAAGUGGAUGAUAGUUGAGAGAUUGGCUGAAUGUGACUGGGUGUAGACUGGUGGUUUCCCCCUGGGGGACAGCGAGAUUGUUUCCUACAACCUGAUCUGAUUGCUUGUUCCAGUUGUCUCUGACAACACACUUGUGUUCGUUGUUGUCAUGAUGAGGAUGAUUCUGUGAGCUUGAGAGCUUCCCUGGGUAUUGCCUCUUUCAGUAAAUGUGUCCAUGUAUAUAUAUAUACAUUCACUAGCCGCUGCUAUAGAUGUUAGCGCGUCCCGGCUGCUACCGCAGUGUUCAAGGGUUAAUAUCAAGUACAAAAAAAGAUGCCCCCAUGUUUUUUUUAACUUUUGUUUUGUUUUUUUGUUUUUUCUUCUGGUCUUGAGUUGCCUCAGGAUUGGUCUUGAGUUUGUGGUUAGGGCUUGACCUUGUGCCUUUAGUGUUACUAUGAAGUGCAUUUGAUUCAUUUCUUUCCCCAGCUAAUGUGUGCAUGGCUAGACAUUUUUGUGUGUUUUUGUUUACAAUACAAUGCUAUCAGAAAUAAACUGCAACACAGAAUUUUUUAAAAACUAUUCAUCCAUGUAUAAUAUACUAUAAUUGUGUCUACUUCACUUGCUGCGCCCUCACACAGUACUGGUUAUGUAGAGGCUCAGUGCCAGAGAAGUCUCGGGAAGAGUUUUGUGUAGUCCAGUUUAUGCUCUUCAACUUUAUGCUUCUCUGCUACACAUUUUUCUGCGCUGUGUCGCGUUGUUAUGAGUCCUGCUUCAAAAGCUGGUAGAAAUAUCAUGGACAGAUGGUUUAAAAAUCAUCAGUUAAGUUAAAUUACUUUUUUUACUCUUUAGAAUUUGUAUGGAAAUAUUGGGAAAAAGCUUUUGAUUCAACAACAUUAUGAGAUCUAAGUAACUGUCUUUUUGGGACCUGUGGAAAGGCAAUGUUGUCUUACAGUACUGGAGUUUGUCAGCAAGUUUUGUUGUGUAUUUUGUGUAAAAACAUUCUACUCUGGGCGUUCACUUCAAGUUCAAGCUGUGGGGGUAGUGGGAGAUCUGUUUACUGUAAUGUCUCUGUUGUCCAUUCAUUUGGUUUGCUAUCUCAGUCACAGUCAAAAGAGUUGAAAUCGUACAAAGGACAAAAUUCUACGAAUUUUUUUCUGUUUCAGUGACUUUGGAUUUGGUCAUCAGUAGACAGUAUUUUUUUUCUGUUCUUCGGAAUUCUUUGGUCAAAGUGUAAAGAGACAUUGGUUCUUUUCUGUAGUGAAACCCCCACGCAAACACAGAUCAUGUACAGUACUCAACUCGAUAAUAAAAAGGGAAAAAUGUU